UCAACUUACUUUUUACAUGGUCCCGCUGGUAUAGGUAAAACCUUUUUGUAUAAGAUUUUAUACAACUACUUUUAUUCUCACAGGAAGAUAGUUGCCCAUAUAGCUUCCUCAGGUAUAGCAUCAUUACUAUUACUUGGUGGAAGAACAUCAUACUCUAGGUUUAAAAUACCUGUUAUAAUAAAUGAAUUCUCUACAUGUGCUAUUUCUCAGAAUUCCUUACUUGCUACAUUAAUUAAGGAAACAUUCUUGAUCAUUUGGGAUGAAGUUCCUAUGCAACUCAAAUACUGCUUUGAAGCUGUCAGUCAUAUGCUGAAUGACAUUUUUAGUAUAGGAGAAAAUUGUUUAUUUGGUAAUAUCUUAAUUGUUUUAGGAGGAGACUUGGCACAAAUUCUUCCUAUGGUU